CACGACAUAUCCACGACUCCACGAGAACAGCCGAUCAAGAAGUUGUAUUUUCUUCAAGCUCAACUGAAGCUAGCAGUUGGCAUUAUUUGCAAAGAUGGGUCGUCGGUCAAUAAAUACCACAAAAAGUGGAAAGUAUAUGAAUCCUACUGAUCAAGCACGUAAAGAGGCAAGGAAAAGGGAGCUGAAAAAGAACAAGAAGCAGCGCAUGAUGGUUCGCAGUGCUGUACUGAAGACCAAAGACCCCAAGAGCAUCUUCUAUGAUAUGGAAGCUCUGGACGAACUUGAGCUGAACCCGGAGACAGUGACGGAAUUAAACGAGAAGGUCAUUAAAGACAAAAGGAAGAAACUCAAGGAGACCUUGGAGAGGGUUCUCAAGCUUUAUAGGCGGGAGGACCCUGACAUGUACGUGGAGUUCAAGGCCAUGGAGGUGGACUACGAAAAGAAGAGAGCCGAAAAACUGAGGAAAUUUGAGGCCAUUCGAGAUGCCAGACAAGUCAACGUGGAGUCCAUCCCACUCCCAGAAACUCCAGACGUUCCAUCGCUCAUCCCACUGCCUCAAGAUAUCCCUCUGCCAGGCGCCCAGCCCCCCUCCAUACUCAAAAGAACGUCAUCCUAUGGCAUGCCAUUGCCCCCACCCGGUCCCCCACCGGGUCCCCCUCCCAGCCUCUUUCCGGGGCUUCCGCCGGGCAAGAAGCCCCCAGGUCCCCCACCAGGUCUGCCACCGUAUGCGACCACUCCCUACGCACCCAGAUCUCCCCCAAGGGUCUCCUUCACGGGUGUGGCGCCGGAAGAGGAAGGUGAAGCCUACAAUCCAGAUGAGGACGUGUCAGACAUGGAAGACGAGGAGAACAUGGACGACGGGUCUUCAUCCUCAUCGUCAUCGGAAACCGAGGACGAAGGUGACGAGGACAACACAGACAAAGAGGACGAUGACGACGAACAGGAGAUGGAUGCUGAAAACUUGGAGCAAACAGACAGAGAAGGACUAGCCAUGGGACGCUCCAAGAUGAAAAAAGAAGGCCGACUGCCGCCCGGAAUGUCUGCACUGCAAGCCGCUAUGCUGAGAAUGGCAGGCCAGGAGGUUCCGAUGGUUGAAGAAGAUGAUGCAGAGGAAGAAGAAGAGGAAGAUCAUGAAGAGGAAGAGAAUAAGAAACUAGAGAAAGAGGAAGAUAAGCCGAGGAGCAUGAUGGCACCCAUGGGUUUGAUGCCACCCCGCGCCCCUCAAGGUGAACCUCAAGGCCCCCCAGCAGUCAACCCCCCAGGUGCGCCCCCAGGCCCCCCUCCCGGCCCGCCAGCUCGCCCUCCACCUGGGCCCCCGCCAGGGUUCCCGAUGCCCAACUUUGCUCGGGUGCCCCCACCCCGGGGCCUGCCGCCUCGAAUGCUUCCCCCAGGCCCGCCGCCCGGUCGACCACGCGCCCCUCCUCCGGGGCCACCUCCAGGUGUACCCCCAUUGAUGCGUGCGGGUCUGCCCCCUCACCGGCUCCCCCCACCGCCAGGGAUGGGGCCCCCUCUGCGGAUGAUGCCGCCCAGGCUGCGUCCCCCUGUGCCAGGAAUGCCGCAACCGCAGCAGCAUGAGAACCCUAAUGUCCUCAGUGCCCCGCCCAGCAUCCACAAACUCCCCGUGAAACCGGACGACCGUCUGAUCGAAAAGAAAUCCUCAGCGACCAUCGAGGCCAAACCCCAGAUCCGCAACCUUCAGGCGGACGUGACGCGAUUCAUGCCCACGUCCCUGCGCGUCAAGCGUGACAAGGGUAGGGCUAAAGGACUGAAAACUGGUCCAGGUGCAGAAGAGGACAUGAUCAAGUCAGUGCCAGUGCCUAAGGCUCAGCCAACCGUUCCUACGGCAACCAAGGACGAUGCCUACGAUCAGUUCAUGAAAGAGAUGUCAGGAUUGAUGUCAGUCCCACAGGGUGAGGAGACGUGAGUUAUACUGUAAUCACUCUUGUAUAAUUCCAUCUGUCAGUUUUUACUUCAUUUUUAUUAAAAUCUUGGACAGCUAGAUUUGGGAAAACUGACUGUUGCUGAAUGUCAACAAGUCAAUUUUUGUCGGAGUAGAAAUAUCUUUGGGAAACAAUGUCGAAUACCCUGAAGUGUUGACGAAAUCUGACCUCUUCGCAAGCACUUCCCUGCAACUAUUGCAUAUAUGCAUAGCCUGCCAUUGUUUAGAGUAAUCAAGUUAUAAUUUAUACUUCAGAUUUGUAUCAGGUCUGCAUUCCAUACAAAGAGAAGAUGGACUGCUUCCACAUACCGGUGUAUUCUCGACCUGAAUAUAGACAAUUGGUGACUGAAAUUCAUUAUUUCGUCAUGUCCGUGCAACAAGGUCAUAUCUCCUAAAAUGGGCCAUACGUGAAACGGGAGUUUCAGAAUGUCAAAAGGUCGUAUCUCACUUAAAAUAACCUGGAUGUUACAGAAAGUCAAUGGACGUCGAGAUACGACCUUGUUGCACGGAGCGUAUUCGUGCGAGAUACGACUUUGUUGCAGAAUGGAGUUACGACCUUGUUGCACUGACGCGACGGUUUGACCCCGAUUUAAAAGUCAUUGCUUUGAUUCUUGUCUGUGUCUGUCAAGCUUCUGUUAACAAAAGCAAUUCAAUAAAGUGCAUUGUUUACUGAAUCCGGCGACCAGAAUUAGAAACUUUUUCUGCGGUGGAUUCACUCUCACACGAAUACUGCACGCGUUCUUGAAGAUGAUUGGUUGAAGGAGCCCAAAGUAUGUGCGCACUACCGUUUGCGCGACCCUAGUGCCACCUUAGAAAAUGGCUGCAGCCUGAUUGGUCUAUAUGAGAAAUUUAGAAGUAUUGAAAGUUUUGCAUUAUUUUUCCAAAUUUCUUACCAGUAUAAUUAUUUUUUUCCUUUGAAGGUUUGGUCUUGGUGUAAUUUACAGUGCCAAUAAAUCAGAUACCAGUCAA